AUGCGUGACGAAGGAAGUGAAGGCGACGUGAAAAGCCAACCAAAAUUAGAGAAAAGUUCUCCGAAAUCCUCAAAGAGUAGGGCAUACUACCUGAAGAAGUCCGAAAUGAAGGUCUUACAGCUCAUUGAGAAGUAUGAGGUACUCAAAAGCAAAGGUGCAGUUGACAAAUUCCUAGCAAAAAAGCGAAAGAGGCGCGCGACUCGAGGAAGAAAAUAUGUACCCUCUGUUCCCAAGCGCUGA